CCUCACCUUUAGUUCCUUAGUCUUGCCUCCUCUUCUCUCUCUCAGAUGAAGAACAACAACAGUUUAUCCACAUGAUCCUUCACCGAAUUUCCCGCCAAUUUCAAAACCCUAAAUUACAUUCUCUAUACCCUAAAUUAUUCUCCUCAUCUUCAAUUUCAUUUUCUAAAUUGAAAGAAUACGAUUUCAGUCCUCCAGAACAUCUCUCAGUAAAACCUAAUUCUAUAAACCCCGAUGUCUAUGAUAACCCCAAACCGAAGAGACAAAAACCCUUAUAUAAACCACCAUCAACACUUGAUACCACUGAUUUCAAACCCUUACAUUCAGAUUUACCAUUUGAUUUCAGGUUCAGCUACACUGAAAGCAGUCCAGAUGUUAGACCAAUUGGUCUAAGAGAACCCAAGUAUUCCCCUUUUGGUCCAUCGAGAAUCGAUCGAGUAUGGACUGGUGUUUGUGCACCUGUUAUUGAUCCAAUUGUUAAAUCUGUUGAUGAUGGAAAUGAAGAGGCGGUCAAUUUGGAAGAGAAGAGAAAGAAAUUGAGAGAUGAUAUACUUGGAGAACCAUUAAGUGAUGCUGAGAGGAAGAUUUUAGUUGAUAAAUGUCAGAGGGUUAGGACUAAACGUCAAAUUAAUUUGGGAAGAGAUGGAUUUACUCACAACAUCCUUAAUGAUAUUCAUAAUAAUUGGAAGACUUGCGAGGCUGUAAGGAUAAGGUGUUUAGGUGUUCCUACCGUCGAUAUGAAAAACGUGUGGAACCAACUCGAGGAUAAGACAAGUGGUAAGAUUAUAUAUAAACAUGGUGGUCUUCUGGUGUUAUAUAGAGGCAGGCAUUAUAAACCCAAGGAAAGGCCUGUGAUUCCAGUAAUGUUGUGGAGGCCCCACGAGCCUAUUUAUCCAAGGUUGAUAAGAAGUACAAUUGACGGUUUAACCAUCGACGAAACCAAAGAAAUGAGAAAGAGGGGCCUAUCAGUUCCUGCUCUUGCAAAACUUGAGAAGAAUGGUUAUUAUGGUAAUCUUGUACCCAUGGUUCGAGAUGCUUUUCUUACCGAGGAGAUGGUUCGUAUUGAUUGCAAGGGUCUCAACAAGAGUGACUACAAGAAGAUGGGCUACAAACUCAGGGACCUAGUUCCUUGUAUCCUUGUUACUUUUAAAAAAGAGCAGAUUGUGAUAUGGAGGGGGAGGAAUUACAGAGCACCAGAGCCUGGGCAAUUUGUCAACGAUGAUAAUUCAUUUGAUGACCUUGUUGGCGGAUCAAGUCACACUGUGGAAGAAGAUGGUAGUUCUAGUAAUGAUUACGAAAGCUCCAGCUCUGAGGAUGAAUUGUUGUCUUCUGAUAGCAAAUUGUUUGCACCACCUACUAGAUAAAUAUUGUGUACGGAACUGAAUUCAGUUUUAAUAUAAUCCAAAUUAUUUUUCGGUGGCAGAC